AUGUACGGGAAUGGGCCGGUGUUCAAGGCGGAGGGAGCGUCGUUCCGGGAUCAACCUUACGCCGGACAGCUUCCUCAGGGAUUAUGGACCACCGGUCUCUGCGAUUGUCACGAAGAUGGUCACAUUUGUGUUCAAACGGCUAUAAUGCCAUGCGUCUCCUUCGCUCAAAACACCGAGAUCGUAAACAGAGGAGCCAUACCUUGCAUGAGCGCAGGUUUGAUUCAUCUAGCGUUAGGGUUUUUGGGUUGUUGCUGGCUUUACGCAUUCCCAAGCCGGUCUAGGCUUAGGGAACAUUUCGCAUUGCCUGAGGAACCAUGUCGUGACUUUUGGGUCCAUCUCUUUUGCACACCAUGUGCUAUUUGUCAAGAAUCUAGAGAACUCAAGAACCGUGGCGCUGACCCUUCUAUCGGUUGGCUUUCGAAUAUAGAGAAAUGGAGCCGAGAGAAAGUAACUCCUCCUAUAGUUGUACCAGGCAUGAUCCGCUGA